GUUGCAGCUGUUCCGUGAUACUCCCCUGCUCGCUAUACCGAAUUUUACUUGAUCAAUGGGGUCCGAGAUUCCUGUCGUUGAAAGCGCCAAUGUUUGGGGAUUGAUUGGUCUCAAAAAAGGUGAAAAACGAAAAUCACACAAGGCACUUAGCAAUUUGCGCCGCGGUUCGAAGCCCAUAGAAAGCCUUGAUGAAAUCCGUGAUGGAAAGGUGUCCCGUAGAGUUGCCUUCAGAGCGGUAAAACGGCAACUCACUUUGUGGAAAGGUCCAGUUCACAAAAACAGGCUGGCCGAUCAGUUGAUCUUCCCUCUGAAUGAUACCACGAUUAAAGUGGUGGGGUCAGCAGAGGCUCGGAAAUUGCUCGAUGAUAUUCAAUUUGUGAAGGACAAAAAGCAGCCGGACACUUUUCAGCACAAAUUAUACAAAAACCUCUAUUUAGACACUCACACAAAUUUUAACUGUGACUCAACCGCACAAUGCGAAAGAAAAAUUCGCUCAAAUUUACUGGAAACUAUAUCUGCUCGUCGAAAAGAGCGUUUCCUGCAUGCAAUGGUUGCAGCGAAGAACAAACGAAGAAACAAAAUUAAGAGCAAGAGUUUUCAUAAGCAUCAAAACCGGAGACUGUUGAAACAAUACGAGAAAGAAAUGGAGCAGUUGCGGCAUGAUGACCCACGUGCCUUUGCGGACCAUCUUCUUAAAGCUAAUUUGGAUCGCGCUAAGGAGAGGGCUAGUUUGCGUCAUCGCGGUGGUAGCAAGUUUGCUAAAAUGCAGAAACUGCGCGCUAAAUAUGACACUGAUGCACGAGUUGCUGUCACUGAGAUGUAUGAGAAGUCGGCAGAGCUAACGAAACGCAUUCACUCUGACGAUUCUUCGGAAAGCGAAUAUUCUGAUGUCGACGUCUCCUCGGAAUCCGACUCGGAUUCAAUGGAAACCGCUUCAUUCAACCAAACAUCCGGAGAUAGUGGUGAUGAGAACCGUUCGGAUUCCCUUUUUUGGUGGCGCAAGCCCCCCAAAAGUACGGAACCUUUAAAAACACGGUCGAAAAAACCAUUGGUGGGGACCAUUUUGUCGACGCUUGCUGCUGAUACCAUCUUGGAUCAAUUCAGCGAGGUCAGAGACCACAGAGCAGGCCAAUCUUUGCAAUCAGAGUCAGAGACAGGCACACUAGACCCCAAUUCAGAUGCGUUCUUCAAAACAUUAGCAGAGACAUGCUCAUCGGACCCCAGUUUACCUGGUCAGUUUGCAAAGGAAAAGGAGCAAAUCGUAGACGAAGAAACUCCGAAAGAUAUCGACGUCUUUGUACCUGGUUGGAACUCUUGGACCGGACCGGGACUUGAUGCAAAAGAUGAGCAACGGCGGAAAGAAAAAUUGGUCACUGCUCCUAAAAUUAAACGCGAAGAUAGCGAAAAACCGCAUUUACUAAUUAGGAGACGACUAAACGGUGAAUUCAAGCAACAUCUGGUCAAGACAAUACCGUUUCCUUACAAUACCCCGGAACAAUUUGAAGCUUUCAUCUCUCAGCCGAUAUCCCGUGAAUGGCUCACUGAAACUGCGCAUCGGGAACGCAAUCGCCCUAAAAUCACCGUUCAAAGCGGACGAAUUAUUCGACCGUUAUCAAGAACUGCGGCGCUUUUGCGUGAUAAAGACGUAGAACGCCUGGUGAAACAGGGGAAAGAAUGUUAACCAAUCACGUACUCCAUCGCGAAAAGUAUCUCUUUGUACAUUGUUUCCAACUAGCACAAUAAAAUCAUCAGCCUUUUCGAA